UAAAUCAAUUGCCACGUGUCCCCAACACAAGGAGAACCUAUCGGGUAUAAAAAAAUGUUAGAUCAGUAGUACAAAACUUUAUGCCAAUAUUCAUUUUGGCAUUUAUUUCUUGAACUUACACACAUAUUCAUGCAAUCUUAUCAUUGUUUUCAGCAAACUUUAAUGGAUUAAUUUAUUUGAUACAAGUGGAAUGCUAAAUAUAUUAAUAUAUUGUGGAUAACGUGCAAUAAAUGUUGUUGCACGAUUUAAUUUGUUUGUCUUAUAAAUUUUAUAACAAUAUUAAUGGUAGAGCUUAUAAAUUAUUAUAAUUUAGACUCCAUAUUUUUAAUUAAAUUUUGGGUAAAAAUCAACCUAUGCUUUUAAACUUUGGAGACUAUAAAAACAAUAGUCAAUUUGAGCAUAUUUAGUAAAAAGAUAUCAAUUAUCAUCUCGAAAAUCAAUGGUUAGAUUUAAUUGUAAAACUUAAAAAGAAAAACUAAACAAAUAAUUGUAUCAAUAAAUUUAACACGUGUGAAUUAUGGGUGUCAGGUAAGAUUCAAAAUUUUGACUUUUUAGUCAAAGUAGAUAUAGCACAAUGCAAACAAAUGUACAAAUAUAGCAGAAUUUAGAUUCAGCUUCUUGAAUCUAUCGCCAUAUUAGCAAUAGAGUCUAUCACUAAUAAAAGUCUUCCAACGAUAAAGUCUAUAAUUAAUAGAUUUUGUUAUAUUUACAAUUCUCUAAAAAUAUUGUUAUAUACUUAAUUAUUAGCUUUAAAAGUGCUACUCUGGGUUGAAGCCCAAACCAAUCAAUCUCCUAUUAGGCCCAAUCGACUUGACUUUCUCUGGGCCGAAAGUGUUAAAAGCCCAAAACAGAUGGACCUCUGUCUGGGCCUAAACAGGUGGAAGCCCAAGAAAUGAAAGAAUCUCUAUGUUCUCCUUCUCUGAAUCGGUGGAGAAAUUUGGUGAGAAAUUGAAAUGGAGAAAUCCUUCACUCUGAUUCAGACAAUUGCGACUGCCGGAGCCUUCUCUGCGAUUUCAUUCUGGUAUGGUUUCAUGUUUGGAAGAGAGUCCGCUCGAAAAGACUUGGGAGAUUUGAUUCUAGAUCUACGCCGAGGAACCUCCAACUCCGAUUCUUCUUCUUCUUCUUCUGAAACUCCUCAGCCUUGAUUUGGCACUAUUCUUCCCCAGGAUCGUUUUUCAAGCCAAGCGACCAGCCUUUCCUCACACAUUAGGACGACUAACAAGAUAGUGAAAGAGAAGCUUACUCUCACUCAACUUGCCCUCUCUAGGAAGACAGUAUUUGGGCGAUUUGUGGACAUGGAAAUUAUCUUCAACAGUCCACAAAGGAAGGAAAAUAAGUAGGGCAAGAAAGCUAAUCGACGAAGAGGAUCGUGUCGACCAUUACAGAGAAUUCGAGAGACAAGACUACGACUAUCAAGCAUAGUGAUCAAGAGUCGAUCCUAACCUACGAAAUGGUUAGAUUUGGUAUCUAAUAUAUGAAAGACCAAGCAAAGUCCCAGCGAAAUGUUCAAAUGAUGGGAGGCUCGAUUGCUCAUCUAACCAUGUUAAUUUGUAAUUCCAAAAAGCUUGCAUUUUCCUCUUCACCAAGUAUGUAAAGCAAAUGAUAGUUCAAUCGUAUUAGUUGCCAGGGGUUCAAUCAGCCCACCAAUAAGUGGAUGA